CACAACUUUGCCCAAGCGGCCUAAUGACAGACCAAAUCAAACCGCACACAGACUGCAGUUUUCUAGAACCUUUUUGUACCCCUCUUUUUAUAAAUAAUAAUUAAAUAAACAAAUGUAAGGACGUUAGAUAAUGCAGUAUGAUCGCGGAAGUGUUUCUCUUGUUUGGAGGUUUUGUGCUCAAAUGGACUGUUCAAGCUCAGUUUGGAAGCAUAGCCAUAGGUGUAGGAAUGGGAGAUGAAAGAAAUAAUGACGGCAAUACAGAUUUCAAGGGAUCAUGUCCGCCAAACACCACAUGCGUGCCUAUAGGCCUGUGUCCACUGCUGGGAGAUCUGAUGGAUUACUCCUGCUUUUCAUCAGACAAAUACUUCCACCGCCUGAACGAGUUAACGUGCGGGCAUUCAAACGGCGAGGAUUACGUCUGCUGUCCGUCCUGUGACUGCGGCAAGGUCUACCAGGAUGGCACUGAGCGAUGCGGCCGAAGCAUGGUCCAAGGCGUUGGUUAUAAAGGGCUAGGGGCACAUCCAUGGGUGGCGAGGAUUGGCUUUACACAAAAAGAAAGUGGCAUCGUAAGGUUUGCCUGCAGUGGCUCUGUCAUUUCAAAACGAGUGGUACUCACAGCAGCGCAUUGCGCAUUGGCCAAGCCUGAGGGGUACAAGCUGUCAACAGUAGUCGUUGGAGAGUACGACACAGCUCGGAGCCCCGACUGCAACGAUUUCUUCUGUGCGCCGCCCGCGCAGGCCAUCAAGGUUGAGAACGUCGUCGUUCACCCCGGGUAUGAGAAAAAGAUCUUCCGACAUGACAUCGCGCUCAUUGUGCUGCAAGAAGAUAUUAAAUAUUCUGUAUCUGUAGCGCCGAUCUGCUUGAACGACAGGACGGAAGUCGUAAUAAAUGAGCGCGCUUUGCUGGUCGGAUGGGGCAAAUUAUCUGGGCAGAACAACUUGGUGACCAGGCAGCAGCAGCUUGAAGUCCCACUGGUCUCACUGGAGAUGUGUGAGCGCGUCUUUGGGGACUCUGUCCCUAUACAAGAAGGGGAGCUGUGUGCCGGUGGCGAAGAAGGAAGGGACGCCUGCUCUGGCUUUGGAGGGGCGCCGCUGUUGCUCAACCGAGAUGGACAAUAUUACCAGGUGGGCAUAGUGUCGUUCGGGUCAGAAAACUGCGGGAGCGAGGGCGUCCCCAGCGUCUACACAAACAUCGCGCACUACCACCAAUGGAUCGUCGACAAUUCGCCUUCCUGAUCCACAUUAUGCAAUAAGUACAACAUUAACAAUACUGAAGAUCUUAAAAUAAAGAUAUUAACAUCA